UCUGAAGUGACCAGAGCAGCACACCGAAAGAGUUCGGUUCAGAAGAAGGCUCAAUUCAACUUCCUUUCUCCUCGUGAUGACAACCAAGGUAGUACCACCACACCUGCCCGUUCCCUGCCCUGCCACACACCUGGAUCCCUCUUCAGACAGUCCUUCACCCCGAAGAGUGCUGCUAGGAACCCAGAUGUGUCGGCCAUCUUGGCGACAGGGCGCAGGACUCCUCGUUUCAUCCAUACGCCACGACCUCCCCUGGGCAGUAUGAGCAUGAACCUGGAUGACAGUGACUGGACCAACAGCCUGUACCCGUCUCCUCUGUCCGGCCUGGGACUGGGGACACCAGCUUUACUGACGACAUCAACAUGUCCUCUGUAAUGCUGAAGGAGGAGGAUCCUGGAGAGGCUGCAUCAGUCAGCCUGUUCCCAGAGUUCCUCCAGUCCUAUCUCAGACACUCCUCCACUGCUGUCUUUGACCUGCUGGGGGAGUAUGAAGCCAUCUGUCAAGACAAGGUGGGCAUGCUCCAGAGGCUGGUAUUGAGGGCAGCUCCAGGGCAACAGAAGUCCUCUAAGACUGCUGGUAUGAGAUGGCUUUUACAGCAGGAGAUGGUCACCUGGCGCCUCAUCACUUCUCUAUACAGAGACAGGAUCCAGUCAGAGCUGGAGGAUGACAUCAUCAUGGAUGUGGCUGCUCCUGGUGUUAGUGAGAAGGUGGUGAUGGAACAACUUUUCCAGAGAGAUGCUGUUCUACGCCAGAGUCAGUUGGUUGUGGAUUGGUUAGAGAGUAUCGCCAAAGAUGAAAUCGGGGACUUCUCCGACAACAUUGAAUACUACGCCAAGUCUGUCUACUGGUAAGUAGCUGGAGUCAU